CGGUGUGUGAAGUGUGGAGGUCUCUAUUAUUCUGUCGUCUGCUGAUCUCGUGCAACAAUGUAGCAGUAUUCUGUUUUGCUUCAUGAUACAAUUGUAUCCUCAGCAGCAACAAUAAUUUUGCCCGAACAGUAUAGAAAAUACGAGAACACUAAUCGCACUUUUAUUUGUAUUAUUUCGUUUUACGAUCAAUCUGCUCAUCCUUCCUUCAUCACUCCAGACAGUCCUUCUUGUGAGUCGGGGCAGGUGUAUGGAUGCGUCGUCCUAACAAGCAAGUGAUGCCGUGAACUGUCCUCUUCUCUUCAAAUAGGCUACCUUACAUUUACUGGACAUGCUAUUUACCUAAAAGCCCGGGGCAUUUAAAGUUUGGUUUCCUGUUAAGUGGGGUCAGAGAUAGAGCCACACCCCUGGGUGUGGAACCAUAGAGUACAGAGAAGAGUACAGGCCAAGUUCCAAUCAACCCAACCGGUGGAUCUAGGUAGGUUGGUCCAGCCCAGGCUCCAGGCUAUGUCUCCCUGGCUGUGGGACAGCUAUUCCAUACUGAGUUGAGAGGGACCUGCCUGGCUGGGGACUACAGGAACAAACAUGGGGCUGGGACAAUCCAACAAGGCUUCCGUCACCGAUGACACAGAGGAGGUCAAUUUUGACCACUUCCAGAUCCUAAGGGCUAUCGGGAAAGGAAGUUUCGGGAAGGUGUGCAUUGUGCAGAAGAAGGACACAAAGAAAAUGUAUGCCAUGAAGUAUAUGAACAAACUGAAGUGUGUGGAACGGAACGAGGUCCGCAAUGUUUUCAAGGAGAUGCAGAUCAUGCGGAACCUCGAGCAUCCUUUCCUUGUCAACUUCUGGUACUCGUUCCAGGAUGAGGAGGACAUGUUUAUGGUAGUGGAUCUGUUGCUUGGAGGAGACCUGCGCUACCACCUCCAGCAGAACGUUCACUUCUCAGAGAGCACUGUCAAGCUGUACGUCUGUGAGAACGCCCUGGCGCUGGGCUACCUCCGCAGCAAACGCAUCAUCCACAGAGACAUCAAACCUGACAACAUUCUGUUGGACGAACACGGACAUUGUCACCUGACGGACUUCAACAUCGCUGCCAUCGUCAAAGACGAUCUAAGAGCCACGUCUAUCGCAGGGACCAAACCAUACAUGGCCCCCGAGCUGUUCCAGCCACACGAGGGAAUACACCCUGGCUACUCCUUCUCUGUGGACUGGUGGUCUCUGGGCGUCACUGCCUACGAGCUUCUUCGAGGACAGAGGCCGUACGUCAUGCGCUCCAGCACGCCGGCCAAUGAGAUCCUCCAGAUGUUCCACAAGGUCAACCCCAGCUACCCCAUAGCCUGGUCUGUGGAGAUGAAGACCAUGCUCAGAAAGUUGCUGUGUAUUGACGUGCACCAGCGUGUGUCCUGCCUGGCUGAGCUGCAGGAUCUAGACCUGCUGUCUGAUGUCAACUGGGACGCUGUGCUCAGCAAACAGCUGCCCCCUGGCUUCAUCCCCAACAGGCGGAGGCUCAACUGCGACCCCACCUUUGAGCUGGAGGAGAUGAUCCUGGAGUCCAAACCGCUGCACAAGAAAAAGAAAAGACUAGCCCGGAAGACCAGAGAACAGGGCUCCAAUGGGUCCCCCCAGAACGGUCAGCUCCAGCAGCGCCUGAACAAUGUGGAGAGGGACUUCAUCAUCUUCAACAGAGAAAGGUCAAAGAAGGCUGUGGCAGACACAGAGGUAGCAGACCUCACCACGACAGAGAAGAACAAGGCUAUUGAAGACGGACAGAACAACAACGUGGACCCGGCAGCCUACAUAUCAGGAUAGCGGACUAUGGCUUGAGCCGUAAGUCGCCACGCUAACCUGGCCACAGCUUGUAGAUCACUACUAACCAAUCGUCCACUUCCCCUCUCCGGCGCAGGGCACUCAGAUUGAACUUUAACCCUGACACAAUCCCCCAACAGCCAGACCCCAGACUUCAGGAGCUCACAUAGACUACUACUUAACAGAGUAGCUGACCUAGACAGACAGACAGACCCUGGCUUUUUUCACUUUUCCUGUGAUGGGAAACGUGCCUCUCAGUGGGCAGCCCUCCUCACACUCUACCCUGACCUGACCUGCCUGAUGCGCUAUGGUCCCCCAGAGCUCUCCUCCCUCCACCAAGUUAGCCAGGCCCAGGAAAUGACUUAACUACAAACCCAGCAGGGAGCAGAGCUAGACAGGAUACAGCCACUAUGCCUGUUAUGCUGAGGCUAGACUCAGGCCAGGCAGGAAAUGAAGCAUAAUGUUGACAAGUAGGAGACUACGUCUUUAGUGAAAACAGUGCUGACUUGCUUUUGGAAGAGAGAGGGGUUGUGAGUAGCGUGACACAAAAUGAAUUAGGAUUAGAGUAUGCGACAUGAGGCCUUUGUUUUCAAGACUCCAACCACAGAUUCCUCUUCGAAGACAAAGAGAACCACUGUAGGCUUGAGCGCUAACUGCAGAACGUAAUUUGUCUCUGUGACAUUAUUAGGCAUCAAUGUGGCUCUCAAGCAAACCAAAUUGUCUGGUGCUCGACUUGGAUAUUUUGUACAUGAAUCUUCAUUGAUGAAUAGAUAGGUAUUGUCUGUUCCGCGCACAAACAUGAUUUGCGUACGUUUCUCCAUUAGUCGUAGCAUUUAUGCACAGAGGUCAAAGAGGAGUAGACGAAUCCUCAUUCUCUUCUGGUUUUUAGAGGGGUGCCAGUAGAGGAGAGUGGGGGAACUUGACCCAUUUGUUACGUUCAGCGUCAAGUCUGCCAAGGGAAACAUAGUAUUCUUUCCAAUAAAGAUAUCUACACGUGUGUCAGGAUGUUGUGAAUCACUGCAAAUAAUCCAAAUUCAUGUCAAACUUUUGAAAACGUAUCUUGUUAUAAAAUAAAAGUGGUCUCUUGGCACAACUUACCCCGGGGAAUGGGGUAAGUGGAUCCCCGGGACAGGUUGAGCAAGUUAAGCCGCCUACACAUUUCUGUGCUGAAUGAAAUAAUACCACUACCUUUUUAAAGACCAUGUCUUAUCUUUAUUUCAAAAACACAAUCCAUCACAAUAACUUUUUUGUCUUUUAAUCAUUUUAAGGAUCUUUUUUAUUAACACCUAACAACAACUUUUUACUUUUGUAAACACUUUUAACAUAGGCCAGGCCUUGUUGUUACCUCAUAUCCCAGUGAUAAUACCUUGCAUUAUGCCUUGGGGGAAAAAAAACAUUUCAAUUUGAUCGACUUACCCGAUGGCCAUUGGCUCAACUUACUCCAAGGCAAACAUUUUGACUAUAUUAUCCCACACAGCUUCAAGAAUGCACUUUCAUGCUUGGUUUAGGACAUCAUUAUCGAAGCUUAUGGAGACCCCAACUCACGUAUAGAAACAUCUUUAAAUGAUCUACUUUGGUUUAUUUGUUCGUUUAUUUGGACAUAACUUGCUUACCACUUUUUUCCAUGUGGUUUCUUUCUUCACAGACUCCAUGAAACGAUGACUUCUUCCUAAAUAUUUGGCCAAAUGAUUUGGCAUUUUGUGUAUGGUUUCCUAGAAACAAGGGUGGCUCAACUUUCCCCACUCUCCCCCAUGUGCCUUCUAACUUGUAUAUAGCACACACUGGGUUUCCCCGUGUAGAGAAUGAUCAUCAUACAGUCAGUUUGUUACACUGUAAAUCACCGUCCUCUAGUCUAAUACGUGUUUUGGAAAAUAGCUUUGCCAUUAUUUUGACCCGAUCUGAAAUACAAUUCAAAACUUAUCCAAGUCUUUUCCUGUCCUUAGUUAUCAGAUCUACGACUGGGACCUUUCUAACAACCCUUAUUGGUACAGCUAUUCAAACUAGCAUUAGGUUUUCCAGAAAUGUAUGUAAUUCAAUUGCACAAUGAAAGCAGAGUUGUGAAAGGAGUACUGCAUUUUGUUUGUCAUUUGUUGUCUGUUGUUUUGUUGUCAAGCAGCUUGUGCCUUAAUUUCGUACGUUUCUUUGGGACACCGACCUUUACCACUGCUUUGUGCUUUUUAUUACAUCGCCAGAUUAAUGUGGCCUUUCGUGGAUUUGGCAACAGUUGGAGGGCAUUGGUUAAAAAGACCGACAAAACAUAGUUGUGAAAGAGAGGAGCAAACUGCCUUGGCGUAUACCACAUAGGCACUGAGAGUAGAGCCUGUAUACCUUUCAGACCUAUUACCUGGAGUUGUGCCUCUCUAUAUGGUUUCUUAACUUAAAGGUCUAGUGCAGUCAAAAACACGAUUUCCCUGUGUUUUAUGUAUAUACUUCCACACUACGAGGUUGGAAUAAAACUGUGAAAUUGUGAUAAUUAUGAUACGUCCCUUUUAGUGUUAAGAGCGGUUUGAAAAGACCGCCUGAAAUGUCAUCCUUUUUUGGUGGGAUGGAGUUUUGGCCUUCCAUGGUGACAUCACCAUGUGGUAAAUUAGUUAAUAGACCAGUAAGAAAGAUUGUUCCCAAACCUCUCUGGCAAUAAUAGGUCAUUUUCAGUUUCCCCCUCUCCAUUCAGAACACUCCAAGACAGUCCUAGCUAUAAUUCUUGCAUGAGAAAUUGAACUCCGCUAAGACUGACUAUUUGAAAUGAAAACAAUCACAGUAAGAUACUUAAUUGUUACCCAAAAGUCCUGCAGUUGUAGGCCUGUCUGGCUCUUCCUAGGGGGGAAGUCAAAAGCAUAUCAAUCACACUACUGACUCUGAGUGGGAAUCACCACCUCCUGACAUCAGAGAGAGAGAGAGAGAGAGAGAGAGAGAGAGAGGAGAGAGGAGAGAGGAGAGAGGAGAGAGGAGAGAGAGAGAGAGAGAGAGAGAGAGAGAGAGAGAGAGAAGUUUGAUACCUGCGUGCCCUCCAGAGAGAGAUGAUAGAAGGAGACUUUCUGUACAUAACCUGCAACAAAAUUAGGGUUAGAGAAGCGGGUUCGAAUCCCGUUGCCGACGGGGGAGAAUCUGGCAGGCGUGAGCUGGUAACCGGAGGGUUGCUGUCAUCAAUAUUACAGGUGCCAUAUACUGCUGGCUCAACCUAAGUCUGCUCAUUGGAUGCUGCCCUCUGCUCCAGCCUCUCCAACCUAAUGUGUGUUUGUGUGUAUCUGUGUGUGUAUAUUGAAGGGGUUUUGUUAAUGCAGAAGACACAUUUCCGUGUGUAAUACUAACUAAUAAAGUAUAUCUUAAAAUAACGUGAUGAGUUAGCCAGAGAAAUACCUCAGAGGGUUGCUAGACCUGUUUUUGAUAAUGUGUGGUGUUGGUUUUCUGAUUAGCAGCAACAGGAGACUACAGGGAAUACUAUAUAAUUAAUGAUGGCAGAUAAAAUAGACAAAUCCAUUACAAAUUGGUUUCAAACAAGCCUUUCCUCCAUCUCCAUGCUUCGUGUGUGGUUGAUUUUCUAUGAUAAACUACAAUGGAGCACUGCCACCUAGUGUUUGUUAGUGGUAGUGCUCCUGUGUACUUAAAGGCCCAGUGCAGUCAAAAUGGGAUUAAUCUGUGUUUUAUAACACUAUGAGGUUGGAAUAAUACUGUGAAAUUGUGAAAAUUAUGAUAAUGCACUUUUGGUGUAAACGCUGCUUGUAAAGACUGCCGGAAAUUUCAGUCUGUUUUGGUGGGAUGGAGUUGUGGCCUUCCAUGGUGACAUCACCAUGCGGUAAAUGAGAAAGAGAUUUUACAAACCUCCCUACCAAUAACAGCAAAAGUUCAGUUUUCCCCUCCCCAAACAGACCAAAUACAAUGUCUACAAAUAUCCUUUCACGUUUAUUUAUUUCUGUCUGUGCUAAUCCAGUAAUGUAUUUAAAAUAAAGUUGAGGAUUAAAACGGA